UCUUGCUAAUCACAGGCAAAUUGUUUUUAUACUAUCUAUUGUGGAUCUCAUUUCCUUUUAUUUAAUCUUUCAGAAAUGAAAUAACGAAGUAAUUCAUAUAUUAUCACGGGCCGUUAUUUAUAUACGAUCUGUGACGCGGAAGGGGGGAGGAGUAUCGUCAAAGUUCUGUCAGAGACCGAAAACGAAACGAACUAUAACGGUUCUAUUCGGUCUCUGAAAGCUACUAGAACAACCUGUCGAAUUCAAAAUUUUUAAACUCGAAUUUGAAUCAUACUCUUACUACUCUCAAUAAAAGUUUUUAAUCUAAACAUGAUAAUCGUUGCGAAGGUGUAAGAUACUUUUUCGUUUAUUUGUAUUCAGUGAAUAAGACAUUCUACACAUUUCUCAAUCAAUCUUGAUGAUAAUCUUAUGAUAAUCAAAUCAUAAUUGACUCUUACUUUUAGAAUAGUAACCGAUAGGCUCUAGCUACCAGUUUUCUUAAAUGGAUUCGGAUAGAUUUAUCGAUUCAAUGGUUAAGAAUUUAGUAGAUGUCUUCCAUCUGCUAAAUCCUACCUUUGGCUUGAUUCUGAUAACGAUAGAUUUUACUUGAGGACUUCGUUAUGCAGCUCGUCACCAUUAUCGAUAUAAAAAAAAACCUAUCUUUUCGUUGUUGACAAACGGUCAAAUCAUUUUUCACUUAUGUACUUUUGCAUAAAUAAUCACUUAAAACGUUAGAAGUAUCAUGUAAGAUCAAGUUAAUUAUAAUUAAAUAUUCGAUGGUUUUAAGUGAACUAUCUUAUACAUCAUCAAUGAGAACAUAAUUCAAGAUAGAUGACUCAAAAAUGUGUUAGUCGUCGACCAAAUAAAUCGAAUAUUGAAGAAUAUUUUUAAAUGUAAUACGAAUAAAUUCUAAAAUAGUUUUUCUAGAUCGGAACUAGGACUAAAACAAACUUAGUUCGCGCACAUCACUAGUUACGACUAUUAUUUCAAAAGCAAUUCAGGAUACGACUAUUUUAUCAAUAACAUUUUUUCUAUUCUUAUUCCAAUUUUACUUGAUACUGUUUCUUUAUGUAGUCUUUUGUAAUAGUUAAUAUAUAUUUUUUUCUCUUUAGAUUUAUCAGGAUAUAUGUGAUAAUGAGUCUUCAUCAAAUGAAUUACCACGUUAUCUUGUUCAUCGAUGUUCAAAUGGUUCAUCAGCAUCAUCAUUAUCUUUUUGUCCAUAUGAAGAUGUAUUAGGUGUUGGACAUGAACGAGGAUUUAUUUCAUUACUUGCACCGGGUGCAGGUGAACCAAAUUUUGAUACAUUAGAAGCAAAUCCAUAUCAAACAAAAAAACAACGAAAACAUGCAGAAGUUAAACAAUUACUUGAUAAAAUUCAACCAGAUAUGAUUACUUUAGAUAAUUCAAUAUUAAGUGAAAUUGAUCGAAAAACAUUCAUACGAAAACAAGAAGAAAAAAGAAAUAAUUUUAAUUUUAUUAAACCAAAAGAAUUGAUUAUUAAAUCGGAUAAGAAAAAAGGAAAAAUUGGUAAAAGACUUGCACGUAAAACACAAAUACGUGAUGCUAAACUUAAGGAAUAUCUUCAACAACAACAAUUAAAACGUAAAAAAACUAAAAAUUGA